UUCUCCGAGUUUUCUUCUCGUUCCAGCAGCUUCUAUUGAGCUCCUCUCUAGAACCCUAAACCCUAUAGUGAGAUCGGUGGAAGAUAAUUCUCUUUUACUGCACCACUUCUAAUGGCGACUUCUGUCCUUCUCAGAUCCAUCCGGCGCCGUGGCUUUUGUUCCGAGCCGAUUUCUGGUCUCCAAGCCUUGACCGGACACACAAAGCCAGCAUGGGCACUGGGUAACAGAUGGGCAGGACUUUCUAGGGCAUUCAGCAGUACAAAACCAGCUGGAAAUGAUGUUAUUGGUAUCGAUUUGGGUACGACUAACUCUUGUGUUGCUGUGAUGGAGGGAAAGAAUCCGAAAGUGAUUGAAAAUUCGGAGGGUGCAAGGACCACUCCUUCUGUUGUUGCCUUUAACCAAAAAGGAGAACUUUUGGUCGGCACUCCAGCUAAGCGACAAGCCGUCACGAACCCAACUAACACUCUCUUUGGAACCAAGCGAUUGAUUGGUAGACGGUUUGAUGAUCCCCAGACACAGAAGGAAAUGAAAAUGGUUCCAUUUAAGAUUGUAAGGGCUCCCAAUGGAGAUGCUUGGGUUGAAGCAAAUGGGCAACAGUACUCCCCGAGCCAAAUUGGAGCUUUUGUUCUGACAAAAAUGAAAGAAACUGCUGAGGCCUACCUUGGCAAGUCUGUAAGCAAUGCUGUGGUUACAGUUCCAGCUUAUUUUAAUGAUGCUCAGCGCCAAGCUACUAAGGAUGCUGGAAGAAUUGCUGGCCUUGAUGUGCAGAGAAUUAUCAAUGAACCGACUGCUGCAGCUCUUUCCUAUGGAAUGAACAACAAAGAAGGCCUUGUUGCUGUUUUUGAUCUUGGGGGUGGAACUUUUGAUAUAUCCAUACUUGAGAUAUCAAAUGGGGUCUUUGAGGUGAAAGCCACCAAUGGUGACACAUUUUUGGGAGGAGAGGACUUUGAUAAUGCUUUGUUGGAAUUUUUGGUUGAUGAAUUUAAGAGAACCGAGGGAAUUGAUCUGUCAAAGGACAGGCUUGCUUUGCAGAGGCUCCGAGAAGCUGCUGAGAAAGCAAAGAUCGAGCUUUCAUCCACAUCUCAAACUGAAAUUAACUUGCCAUUUAUUACUGCUGAUUCAUCCGGGGCAAAACAUUUGAACAUAACCCUUACUAGAUCCAAAUUUGAGGCUUUGGUGAACCAUUUAAUUGAAAGGACUCGGGCCCCUUGCAAGAGUUGUUUAAAGGAUGCUGGAAUAUCGACCAAGGAGGUUCAUGAGGUUCUCCUUGUUGGAGGGAUGACCCGUGUUCCCAAGGUUCAGGAAGUGGUUUCAGAGAUUUUUGGCAAGCCCCCUAGCAAAGGGGUGAAUCCGGAUGAGGCUGUUGCCAUGGGAGCUGCCCUUCAGGGAGGUAUUCUCCGUGGUGAUGUCAAAGAGUUGCUCCUUCUUGAUGUCACUCCUCUCUCGCUGGGUAUUGAGACAUUGGGUGGUAUCUUUACAAGAUUGAUAAAUAGAAAUACCACUAUUCCUACCAAGAAAAGCCAGGUAUUUUCGACAGCUGCAGACAACCAGACUCAAGUGGGCAUUAAAGUAUUGCAAGGAGAACGUGAAAUGGCUUCAGACAACAAGCUGCUCGGCGAGUUUGAGCUGAUGGGUAUCCCCCCAGCGCCGAGGGGCAUGCCCCAGAUAGAGGUGACAUUUGACAUAGAUGCAAAUGGCAUUGUUACAGUGUCUGCCAAGGACAAAACAACAGGUAAAGAACAGCAGAUCACGAUUCGAUCAUCCGGCGGUCUAUCUGAGAACGAGAUUGAAAAGAUGGUGAAGGAAGCUGAGAUCCAUGCCCAGAAAGACCAAGAGAGGAAAGCUCUGAUUGAUGUCAGAAACAAUGCAGACACCACCAUCUACAGCAUUGAGAAGAGCUUGAAUGAGUACAGAGACAAGAUUCCGAAAGAGGUGGCGUCAGAAAUCGAGACGGCUAUUUCAGAUUUGAGAAACGCAAUGACCACUGAGAACAUCGAUGAUAUCAAGGCCAAACUUGAUGCAGCAAAUAAAGCUGUGUCCAAGAUCGGAGAGCACAUGUCUGGUGGCGGUGGUUCUAGCGGUGACUCUCAAGGUGGUAAUCAGACGCCGGAGGCAGAUUUCGAAGAUGUAAAGAAGUAGAGAUAUAGAUAAUCAAAUCAAACAAGUGGAGAGGAAGGAGGUAUUUUGUAUCAUGUAUAUCUUCUUUCUUUCUUUCUUUCUUUCUUUCUACACUCAAAGAGUUUGGACAUCAUAUGAUAAUAGAAGAGGAACCAACCAACCAACCAACCAACAAAGCCAGUAGCAGCAUUUGAUUGAUACAUUCAUCCUAACAGCCUUGCUUAUUUAGUGGUAGUAUUCAUUGUUUGUUUGUU